ACGUGUAGUUUAGUUUAUUUUUAGAACCAUAAUAUUACUGCGCAGCAUAGCCCUACAUUUUGUAUUUAUACAGGUUACUUCUCAUCAUCGAGGAAGAAUGCCUGGUCCACUUACAUCUGGAGUUGUGGCCGUGGCAGCUGGAGUUACUGCAACUGUAGCAGCACCCUUUGUAUUAAGUGCUGCAGGGUUUGGAGCAGCAGGAGUCGCGGCUGGUACUGUGGCUGCAUGGAUACAGACUCCGAUAACUGCAGCAGGUGGAUGGUUUGCUGUUUGCCAGAGUGCUGGGGUUUUAGGGAUGGCAGCCUCAACAAAAGUAGCGAUAGGAGCAACAGUAGGAACCGUAGCUGGAGCAGUCACAAAAUUUAUAAGAUAAAAGUCAACAUUCAAUAGCGAAUUCCAGACAGUGUGCUUUAUGUUUUUGAAAUAUUAAUAUUGCAACUUUGUGAAUGUAUAAUGAGAUCAUCAGUCAAGUUAAUUUAUUUCGUACGCAAUUUGAUUAAAACGUUAUUCAGA